AUGCAAGGUCUUUUUCGUAAAGAAUCAUCAAAAUAUCGAGCCAGUGACAAACAACUUCUUGCCGACAUGGCAAAACUAUUAUCACCUGUCCAACGAACAAUUCGUGACAUAUUCGUUACCAGAAGAGACUUAAAAUCACACUAUCACCGGAGAGCCAAAAUUCGAUUAGAGCCACUUUUUCACGAUCUUCAACAAUCAUCAGCGGCUGUUAAUGCUGCUCGUCAAAUUGCUAAUAUUGUUCUUGAUGAUUUCAAAUGUAUGAAUGAUGGAGAGCUGAAAGCAUAUAGAAAACUAUGCGUAUGUGGCUUUCAAAACCAUGAUCUAGAAAAUGGAAACACAAUUGCCGCUCAAUUGGUUCAUUUAGCUGUUUAUUUACUUAAAAAUAAUAAUGACGAUGGAUCAAUACCUUUAAUCUAUUCAAUAGUGUUAGCUAUAUGUGAAAUAGGUGCUCACUUUUACUUACGUCAUGACUUAUUUAAUCACACUUCGGAGAUAUACACAUUGAGUUUGUUGCUUGUAAGUCAGCGGCAAUAUCCACUAACACUAUCUGGCCUUCGACUUUGUAACACUAUUCUAAAGGCUGAUCAAAACGAAUAUAAAUAUGUUACUAAUUAUUUAACUCAUGAUGCAUUGACUGCACGUAAAAUUUUGAAUGCGAUUAUAUGGCUUCUAUCACCUUAUCAAACUCUCAAAAAAAUAUGGGAAGAAAGCAAAGAAGAACAAGAAAAUGAGUAUCAUGCUUCUGAAUCAACCAAAACCGAAUCGGCGGUGUACAUUUCAGAAAGAGAUUGUUUUCGUCAUGCAGAAAUUCUCAUUAGUCAGCCCUGUAUAAGUAAUCUUGCAUCAUUGUUUUAUGGAUCAGUGGAUAAUUGCAUGCAAUUGACGCAAGAUGACGUGUACCAGUUGACUGAAGUCAUCGAUGUUUUAACAGAUUCUCGAUUGUUAGCAUGUAUUCAAGGAGAAUACCACUGUCCUCCGAGUGUAGUACUCGUAAGUGAACUGUGUGCUCUUCUAAAACCCAUUCUACUCUACAGCUCACCUUCAGUUUGUUUGGCAUUAAUCAAUCAAAAUAAUAUAUUAUCAACUGUUCCUAAAACUGUUCAAAUUUUACUACAAAUGAACGAAGUUUACAAAAAUCUGAUAAACUUAUGCAUUAAUUUCUAUAUACAAUUUAUUGAGCAAAAAUGCAAACAAAAGGAACUUCGGAAUGAUACAAAAAAUCAAGAAAACAUAGAAUUCUUCGAUGCAAAAACCACUGAGCAGAGUAUCGAUUCAUUUGUCUCCUUAAAUCUUUCUCGAGAUUUAAUUUCAUCAUACUUUGAUUUAUAUCGAAAAAUUCAGAAAGCAUCUUCACUUGAUGAGAAAUCGAUACAAGAAGAACAAAUUCAAGAAUUAUUCAAUGAAGAAUGGAAAAGAUUCGAUACUCUACAACUUCAAAAUGAGAAUGAACAAGUAAAACAAGAAUUACAGUCGCUCCAUGAAGAAUUAUUACAAUUAAGAAGUGAAUUGCAACGUACUCAGUUAGAAAGAGAUAAUUUUAGAAAAGAGAACAAUAUGCUGCAUCAAGAAAUAGAUAAAAUAAAAUUAAUGCCAACUGCGAUGAAAAAUGUAGAGUUUCGACACUUAUCAACAUUUGUUUCUACUGAUAAGAACAAUGACAAGAAUACAAUUGAUGAAUUACAAAAUAUUUCUCCAAAUGAAAUCACUUCGGAACAAGCAGAAAAAUGUAUUCAACAAAUUUAUUAUCGACGAACAACAUUCAAUGAUAAUGAUAUGCGAAAAUCUAUUUGUGGAUCACUUAAACAUCUUGGCUCUGAUCUUUAUACUUCACCUGUACAUUUUUUACAUGAACUUAUUCAGAAUGCUGAAGAUAAUUUUUACGAGCCUUCAAUUAUACCAUGUUUACGUAUUGAACUUAAUCAUGGCUAUAUACUUUUAUCAAAUAAUGAACAAGGUCUUCGAGCAAGAGACGUAUUCGCUAUUUGUAGUCUAGCUGUGAGUACCAAAACAAUUGAACAGGAACAUAUAGGUGAAAAAGGUGUUGGUUUUAAAUCGGUCUUUGGCGCUUCAAAUGAACCGAUGCUUAUUUCACAUGCUUGGAAAUUUCAUUUUCAUGUACCAGGUCUAGAUGCUAUGUCAUAUAUAACUCCAUUAUGGAUAACAGAUAAGGACCUUCCUAAGUGUAUUUCUAAACAAAUUUCAACAUUUCCUCAAUAUACUCAUCUAUAUCUGCCGCUAAAAUUUCAAGCACACACAUCUGAAGCUAAUUCAUUUCUUGAUCAAGUUAUUAAAGCUGUAGAUCCAUGCAUUUUACUUAAUAUGCGUCAAUUGAAAAAACUCGAAAUUGUUGACGAAAGACAAAAAAAAGUAACAAUUAUUGAAAAACAAUUUAUAGGUUCAACUAAAUUAGAAGAACAAUCGAGUGUUACAUUUGAAGAUUUUACAUUUCUACAUCUUUCUGGAUCUGUCAUUCGAUUGCAUACAUCAACAGGAUAUAGCACUUUUCGAGUAUACACGUGUUAUAUUAAUGUAACGAACUACAUUGAACAAGGACGACCUUCUAAAACACGACUAACUAUAGGAUUCCCUUGUGAAAACGAUUAUGAAUUGACAAGCACAGUAUAUAAAGGUUUACCUGUUUGUGAUCUUGGUUUUAAUUUUUUGUUCAAUGCUGAUUUUCAAUUAGUUACAAAUCGAGAGAAUGUUCAAGAAAAUGUUCCGUUCAAUACAUUCCUUCGUACUCAUUUAUCAGCACUUUUUGUCUAUCUUUUAUUAAAUGAUAUAGACCUAAGAAAAGAUUUUAAUCGUUAUUGUCCAUUAUUCAAUAUAAAUCAAGGAAAACAUUCAUCAUGGUGGCUUCUUAUGAUUGAUUAUAUCAAAACAUUCGUAAACAAAUAUCUUCCAAUAUUAUUGAAUAUUCCAACAGACAAAAAUAUUCGUUACAUCAAUAGAGAUCUAGCAUUACUUGCAUCAAAUGAACAAUUAUGCCAAUGCGCUAAUAUUUAUGUCAUUGAUCCAGAAAAUUCUUUCUCAACAUUGAAACGUUUAAAAUCUUUCCAAAUUCAAGCAGUUUCAAUUAUAGAUGUCUUGGAAUGUUUUCCACAGCGAGAAGAAAUAUCAAUAAAUACAUUUCGACAACAGUUCAGACUUUGGACACAACAACAAGAUCAACAAUGGUGGUCUCAAUUUUUUCAUCAUUUAUCUCAAAUGAUGACAUCAGAAAUUUCUCUUAAACUUUUACAAAUACCAAUUUUCCUUCUUCAAAAUGAUGGUCAAAGACAAUAUUUACCAAUCAAUAAUAAUACUCAAUUACUUCUUUUCAUUAGUAAUGAUCCAAAAUUGCGGAUGUGGAAAAAACAAAUUACGCUUUUACAAUACUCUUCAGAAUCAGAAAAAAUUGCUCUUGCCAAAAUGAAUCAAAUACAAUUUCUAACAGAAAAACGAAUGAUUGAGAUUAUUCGUCAGCAUCAUUUACAAUUAGCUGCGUCGUCAUCUCAGCUUACAGAUCCUGAUGUUGACUUAAUCUUAGAAAUAUGGAAAGAUUUAUCUUAUUUAAAAUCUCAUAUAGAUAAUAUAAAUAACUCGAGUCAAUUUUUAGUGCCAGCCAUUGGGACACCAAAGCUUACUCCAAUUCAAAAUGCAAUGUCACCAACAAUAUUCGGAAUAGAUAUACGAAAAUUUAUACAUCCAACAGCGCUGAUCAUUGAUGUUCCUUAUAAUAAUGUUCAUCAAUAUCAGUUAUUAGAAAUUCUUGAAUGGGAGCAUUUUCUACUUGAAAUGCAUUGCCAAAAAGCAUCAAUUGUUCUUCCUUUAAACUACUCUAUCAAAGAAUUACCACUUCUGCCAGUAUCAACAAUAUUUAACGAUGAAAAAUGUGCUCAUUUAGGCGAGUUGAUCCUUUCAUAUCAAAGAGAUGACACAAAACAUUGUCUUCGUCAGUUUCCCAUUGUUGAUAAUUCAAAAGACAAACAACAAAUAAGUCCAGUUUCAGCCACAUUUGAUGAAACGAUCGUAAUUAAUUUACCAACAUUACCACGUAUCACUAUUCCGCAUUAUUGUCGUGCAUUAGCAAAAAGUCUUGAUAUCUGCGUUGAAUAUGAUCUUCGUACGUGCGCUAACAUUCUACAAUUACUCAGCGAUGAAAAAAAUACAAAUACUGAUUUGUAUGUUAAAUGGCUAGGCCAUUUACAAUUAUAUGUUCUACAACAACACAUUGAUUUGAAUAGAACAAGCUUGCUUUCAUCAUGCCGAUUGUAUUUUCCUGAACAAAAUAACUUUUAUUCAUUAAAUGAAGUUUUCAUUAUAUCGAACAGUGAAGAAUAUUCUAAUGCUAUUUCAAUCAUUUCUAAAUAUCUCAAAUUACAAUUAAUUUCACCAUUAAUCAAUCAAACAUAUUGGCAGUUCAAAGAUCUUUUUCAUCUGCUGAAUUGUAAAUCUAUAUCUACAAUCACUAUUGAUCACAUUUGUACUGCACUUGAUCUCGCAAGUCAUGACAAAAAUAACUUCUUUACUUGGGGUGAUUGUACUACAACUCUAACAGAAAAUGGUAUGGAAAUAAUCAUAAGUCUAUAUCAAUAUUUGGAAGAGUUUAUUUUAAAAUGUGUCAAAAAGAAUGCAACAAAUACCGACUUGUAUAAAACAGUUGUGAUCAAUAAACAUUCAACAGCAUUCUGUGGUAGUCGAGAAGAUUUAGCAUGGCGUUUUAGUCUUACCUGUGAUUCUUUAUCACAAGAACUGCAAAAGUUGACUAGUAUACAAUCACAACGAAAAAAGAUCCGCUUUGUUACAUUUAAUAGACAAAUUAUUUCCAAAGAAAUAGAUACAACUAUAUAUGCCUGCUUAGAAAUUAAAAUUAUUCAAAACUUAUCACGAGAUUCUCUUCAAUGUUACUUUAUGUUGCCAUCGAUUGCUCGCACAUGCCCAUUAGUUUUAGCAACAUUUGGUAUUGAUUACAUUGAGCGUAAAGGCAAAAUUGAAUGGCUACAUGGACAUAAUAAUCCCGAGACUUAUUUGAACGAAUUGACACAAAUAUUUCGUGCUACUCUUGAUGACAAAGAUUUGGAAGUAGUUUCAGCAGUAUAUGCAACUGUAGGUCUUUUUCUUCCCGAUUCUUUCGUAAUUGACUCAACCACUGAAAACAGAAUAAAGGAAAGCAAACGAUAUUGGUUCGAUAGCAAUUAUCCUUUCUGGGUAUUUAACAAUAUAAUUCUUCUUUGCAAUGAACAACAAGACAAGGAUGCCUCAAGAGAAAUUCGUGCAAUAUCUGCAUUAACUACUCUAUUGCAUAAACGAAAGCAUAUACCAUUCAAAGAAGCGAAAUCCAUAGCUCAAAAAAACAUAAGUAAAUGCAAAGCAUUUCGUUCCGAAAAUAUGGCAUCUGUUACUUGCACAGGAGCUACCAUCUACUCAUUUACUGACAUGUUGUUUCCUACUGAUCAUAAUUAUGUCGAGUCAAUAAUUAUUUCGAUAGGAAAAAAUACUACCAUUGAAAAGGAUAUCGAAAAGACUACCAGAAGUGUCAUUGCUGCUGAUCGUAUUGCUGAAGAUCAAAUUUAUCGACAUAGAGUAAAAACACAAGAUCAUUCACAAAGAAGUAGAAAGACAAUAAACGAUUGGAAAGAUCCAUCUAUUGUUGACGGUAUUGAACAAAUGCGUAUUGGUCAAAAUGCAGAGCAUUUCUUUUUCGUCUAUCUACAGAAUCUUUAUGGUUCAGCAGAUGUAACACCGACCAAAAAUUGGCGUUCAUCAUCACGUCUGACUACUUAUCCAAAAUAUCGACAAACUGUUGAUGAUUCAACUGGUUUUGAUUUUGAAUUGCAUGAUACUCGGCAAUUGUUCGUUCGCGGCUCAGGGUCGACAACAAAAUUAUGUUAUUUUGAAGUCAAAGGCACUAGUGGAUCGUUUAAUGAAACACAUAGUCGAUUUUAUAUUUCUCAGAAUGAGCUAUACAUGUGUCAAUCGAUUGUCGAUGAUUCGCAAAGACGAGAGCAUGAAGCAUAUUUUAUUGUCGUUAUAGAAAAUUGUCUUGAUGCUGAAAAAAUCGCUUUUGGUACUGUAUUUAAUUGGUAUGACAUAAUGCGUUCAUCUAUAAUAUGUUGCAUUAUUAUAUUCAUUGAAUUUGUUUUUAUACAUAGGAGUGACAAUUUUCAUAAAUUAGACAGAAGCCCCGAGACCUACCGGUGCAGAAUUAUAUCGUCAUCGCUAACGAACGUCAGUAAUUCCAAAAAAGAAGAAACUAGAGAUUAUAACAACGAUCAACAACAACAACGAAUGAAAACAAAUAACAGAUAUGGAAAUUCUACGACGCAGAAUGUAUCUACGAAAAAGGAUGACGCAGCGUCUCGUCCUUAUGUCCCACCUUAUCGUCGUAAUCCUGAUUAG